GGUGCGGUAUGUGAGCUCCGGCAACAGAUGGAGGACACCCAGUACAAAUCUGACGGGGUGUAGGCUCUGAUGGGGGAGUACGGACCAGCUACCACACUUGGCUCUCUAUUGAGGAACUGAAACAAAGCCUAGUCAUUCAGGCCUCAUUGAGAAUUUCUGUCACUUUUACAUUCUUGGUUGGAUUUUUCUCUUUUUACCUUCAUUUUUCACUGGAGGCCUCAAAAGCUUCGGGCUAGAUUUGGUUUAGGACCGACCUGAGUGCAAGAAGACAUCUACGGGAUUGUUUGGAAAGUCUCGUAAAAGUAUUUGCCAGAAAUUUGCGUUUUGAAUUCUUCUCAUGUCUACUUUCUCAAGUCAAUAGUGUUCUCACGAUAGCCAAACGUGUAAUAAAUGUUGUUUUUUAAAAAAAAAACAAGUUAAGGAGACAGGCUAACUAGUUAGCUAGCUUGCUAUGAUGCUAUUUAGCUAGCUAACGUUACCUAGCAGCUACACUCAUGUUGAAUGAAUGAAUUAACGACCCCGGCAUUUAACUAACAACUGUCAGUUUCUAUUGCUAGAACACGUCGAAUAUUACAUGUAACGACACCGAUUUUCUACUAAGGUGAGCCUGUGUGGCUAACUCUUCUUUGACUCUUACACUACUACCCUCAGCUGGACAGGAAUGCGAUCCCAGGGAGUUGGCGGACAGCGGCGAUUUAGCACGCAAAGAUAGUCCAAAUACUGAGAAAAGCCUGCUAAUGUGUAUGAAGCUGAAAGAGGCUAAUUUUAGCUAGAUACGCAUAUUUGCACUACUUGGACUUGGCUGGAACAGCGUGGAGCUUAAUCCCAACUCAGAAUGGGGAAUACGGUGACAUGCUGCGUUUCUCCCGAGUCGAGCCCCAAACUACCUUCGAGACAACCGGCGGAGCGGCUGGAGGAGCUGCAGACCAGCACGGAAGUGAGCGAUGAUAACACCGUGCCCUACCUGCAGCAUAUAAGCGACAGAGAGGUCCCUGACGAGCUGGCCCUGGAGUCCAACCCAUCCGACCACGCCCGAGCGAGCACCAUCUUCCUUUACAAGUCCCAGACAGACGUACGAGACAAGAGGAAAAGCAACCACAUAAAUCAUAUCAGUCAUGUGUCUCCUGGUCCGCUGUCCAAGAAAUACAGCUCCUGUUCAACAAUCUUCAUAGAUGACAACACCGUCAGCCAGCCAAACCUCAAAAGCACAAUCAAAUGUGUCACGUUAGCAAUAUACUACCACAUCAAAAACAGGGACUCGGACCGGUCACUGGACAUUUUUGAUGAGAAGUUGCACCCCUUAUCAAAAGAGCCAUUGCCAGAUGACUACUCUCACGUAGACCCAGAACACAAACUGAUCUACCGCUUCGUCAGGACGCUGUUCAGCGCUGCACAGCUCACUGCAGAAUGUGCUAUUGUUACUCUAGUGUACUUGGAGCGCCUGCUGACCUACGCUGAGCUAGAUAUCUGCCCCUCUAACUGGAAGCGCAUCGUCCUGGGAGCCAUCCUGCUGGCCUCCAAAGUCUGGGAUGACCAGGCUGUGUGGAACGUAGACUACUGCCAGAUCCUCAAAGACAUCACCGUGGAGGACAUGAAUGAGAUGGAGCGCCACUUCCUGGAACUUCUCCAGUUUAAUAUCAACGUGCCAGCCAGCGUCUAUGCCAAGUACUACUUUGAUCUGCGGCAGCUGGCUGAUGACAACAACCUCAGCUUCCCUCUGGAACCUCUCAACAACCAACGCGCCCAGAAACUGGAGGCCAUAUCAAGACUAUGUGAAGACAAGUAUAAGGAUCUGUGUAAAGCGGCGAUGAGGAGAUCCUUCAGCGCAGACAACCUGAUCGGUAUACGACACUCCAAUGCUGUGCUGUCGUAGGCCUGACCUCUGCCCUCAUGUCCAAAAUCCCAGCGACCCCACAGCCAGCCCCGGACAAACCUCACAGGUUCCACACAUCGUCAGCAGGCAGGAGAUUUGAUGUUACUGUACGAGCUGCCCAAACAGUAAUCUGCAUUACGGCUUGAGAGCUGCAUGACUGCAAAAUGACACUUGAAAUUGGUGUUUACCUAAAACUAUUGUUUUCACAAUCCCUUAUUUAUUUCAUACCUGCCCCUUAUUUCUCAGAGCAAGUGUUAAGUAGGACCGCUCUACCGCAGUUAUCUCUGAGGACUAGCCUUUGUUUUGUCAUAAAAGUGUAAUUUUUUUCCCAAAUGAUAUCCCAAUUAAUCCAUUCAUCCUGGCAUUGUUCUAUUAGUCACUGGGUUUCCACGAGAACACAAGAACCUACACUGUUAGUUUGUCUCCACUGCACCAUUGGUCUGUACUUAAGACAUCAAUAUUUUGUCACAAACAUGAUGCAAGUCCCAAAAAGUCUCUCAAACAAUUUAACAGCCAGGAGAACAGCGCAUGUGUUGGACUAAUUUGAUUGGUCGAUUAAUACAAAAAGUACAGCGUUACGGAUGGUAACUGCGGGAUUGACUCAAUACACAAUAACUGCAGUGUGUGUUCAUAGUGAUGAAGGAACAUUUCACCCUGUGCAACAGAGUGUAUCAUCUAGGUUUCAUAGGUUUUUUUUUCAGCUGGUCUCGUAUAUCUCUCUUUCUUUUUUGGGGUGGGGGGCAGAUUAAAAAUGCUCGAUGGCCUAAAUGAAUUCUAGAGAUUAAGGAAUCAUGAGGUCAAUCGCAAUUCAUUGUGGGUUUUUUGUCUUUUGAUGGGACUUUUUCACAUAAAAAAUAUCAACAUACAUAUAUUUUAUCAGGUCAAAUGCAAAAACUGCUCCUUGUAAAUUACAGGUGAUACCAAAAGUUAUUUUUGAGAGUGUAACAAAAGACUUGUUUACUGUUAACUACAGUGGUGUUUGAUACUAUUUCACUAUAUUAUCUACACGUAUACAUUUGGAUGGAGCACAAAGCAUGUCAAAGUAUUAAACUAUAAAUAUUCCACAGGAUUAGGUUGAAGUACUCCACCCUUCAGUCAGCUGUUGUCUGUUUGUAGUGUGUUUUGGAUUUCGGUGUGCCAAUCUGAGGUCAGUUAAACUUUCCAGAUCAGUAUUUCUACGGUUUGGCUCGAUACAGCAGUUAGGUAGAAGAAAAUGACUAAAUCUAGGUUGGGUCCUCCCUCAGUAUUGUGCCCCUCAAAUCCUGCCAUCCGGACCCCUCCUCAGAGAGCCCGUAAACAGAUUACCAACAUUGUUUUUUUCCCAGGCCCCGAUCAGAGUUUUCAAACAAACUACAUAGAUGUUGAGGGGGAAAACUGAUGGAAAAUCCCCUUCUUUUUUGCUUACUAUGUAGGCUAUCUAGCUGUGAAACUUGUCUUGUUUUUAAUUGAAAAAAACAUUUGCAGAUGGAGUAUUUUAAAUAAAAACUAAUCAUGUAACAAAGAA